AUGGAGUCCCCCGAAUCGGCAUCUGUUUGGAAGAAAAUCCAAACGAAGCUGGGACUGAAUAUCCCCAUCGUGCUGUUGAUGUUCAAAUAUCAGAGCGAGGCUGUGGCACGACAAUUUUCUACCAUUGGCUAUCUCAUUCCCAUAAUGUCGAUUCUUACGAUUCCAGUCGCUCCACGAGCCCGAUUCUUCCAAAAUCUUAUAGUGGCCACGCUUUCGGUUGGUUUCGCAGUCGCAGUCUCUUUCUUAUCAAUGUGGUGUGCCGUUCAGGCUCGCGCAAACACCACCCACGUACCCCAGGGAGCCAACAAUGCUGGUCCGGUUGCUGGUUCUCCUGUAAGCCCGUAUAACGCUGCUGCGAGUGCUAACAUGGCAAUCUGGUUGUCAUUCGAAGUGUGGCUGGCAAAUACAUUCCGUGCUUUUCGACCGCAAUACUUCCUUCCCUCGAUAAUAUUUUCCAUUUUUAUCCAGGUGACGGCAACCUAUGGAACUCGGUUCGAAACGAUGGAUGAGGCUGGAUCAUUAAUCAAACAUUUGGUGGGUUCAUUUUUUGCGGGAUUCGGACUAUCGGCAGCAGUCAAUGUGUUGAUUAUUCCACUCACAUCUCGAAAGCUUGUCAUUAUGGAGAUGGUGGCGAAUUUCGAUGCGAUCCGAAGAACACUGGAUGCCCAACGUGAAUUUGCGCAAUCCUUAUCCUUGCGUGACUGGCGUUUUCCCAAUGAUAACCCAGAUGUCCCCCAGCAGGAGCAUACACCUUCCUGGCCAGAAGCAAACAGCCUGAAAAGUGCAACCAUGGAAGCUGCCAGAACCCUUGGAAGGGUAGCAUCGGAAUUGCGCUACGCCCAACGCGAGGUCGGUUGGGAUUACCUAGGGCCCAAAGAACUAUCAAACAUCACUCGCAUAUUGAAGAAGGUAUUGGCCUCAAUGCUGUGGAUGGAGUCACUUGUCCAAGUCUCCAGACGUAUCCCUCGUUUAGCGAGCGAGAUGGAGGGUAUCUAUCGUGAAGAGGAACAGCAGAAGUGGUGUUGGGCAUUGGAGCAAAGGCGCCGCCCCACUGAACAACUUAUCCAAGCAAUGAAGGAAGGUCUCGAGCACUCCAUGCACAUUCUUCGCCUCGGCAGAGCGCGAGCGGUACCUCAAUCGGACAUUGAAGCUAAUAGAGUUCAUGCGAGCUCACACUUGGAAGAGAUGAUUGAACGCUUCCUUCAAGGAAGGCAGGAUCCAUUAAAGACCUGGCUCUCAUGCACAGACAUUAAUCAAUCUUCUGAAGUACCUACGGUGGUAGGUUCUCGGCAACCUGAACGGCAUCGAUUUCAGCUCUACUUCCUCCUUGAUAUGGAAUCUUCGCUCAUUUCGACUGCGAGAAGAAUACUAGACCUGGUCAAAUACGCGGAUUCUAAGGUGGAUGAUUGUACUAUGAAUAAAAAGCGACUAGUGCUCCCAACAUGGAAGCAGAUGAAAAAAUGGUUCUGGACCUCAUUGUCUAGGGAGGACCAAGAAUUGGAUUAUUAUCAGUACAGCAGAAGAUCCGGAACUGUCAAGAUAUACCUGGGCGAUGUCUUACAGACUAGUACAGAUCCAGAGCAUCUUCUACCCCAAAGCACGUGGGAGAGGAUUGGUGAUAACUUCCGGAGGGGUUUUAACUUCUUUGGUUCGCCUGAGUCUGUGUUUGGCUUUCGAGUAGCCGUGGCUACCAUGGCUGUUUCACUCGUUGCAUUUCUCAGAAACUCGCAGCACUUCUACAUCGAGCAACGUCUCAUCUGGGGUUCGAUAAUGAUUGCAAUUAGCAUGGCACCGACCGUUGGGUCGGCUAUGUAUGGUCAAUCAAUGCGGGUCCUUGGGACAUUUAUUGGAAUGGUUAUGUCGUAUAUUAACUGGUACAUCGUCGACCAACAGCAAGCAGGUGUCCUUGUCUUCGUUGGGAUCACAAUGUUCUUGUCCCACUACCCGUUAAUUAGGUUUCCCACUCAUUCUGUGCCGCCUAUUGUCGAAAUGGUCACAGUCAUGUUAAUUGUGGGCUAUGCUCUUCAGGUGAAGAAAGUGGGGGUCAUCUUCUCCGAGUCCAACGGGCAAGCAUAUCACGAUCUAUACAUUCUGUCGCCUUAUCGACUCGCUACUGUUGUCGGUGGGAUCGGGGUUGCUUUUCUUUUCACAUAUUUUCCCUCUGCAGCCACAGUCAAAAACUGCUUCCGACGAGAUCUUGCUUCAUUGCUGUAUCUUCUCGCACAUUACUACCGGUCUGUGUACACGACGAACUCUUUGUUAGUCAACGGUUUGGCUGGAGAUCAUAGCGACAAUAAGAGCCUCGGGAGAGUCCUUGAAGAAGCUCGCACUCGUGUGCUUGCCAAGGAAAUUGUUCUCUUACAGGCAAUGGAACAGCACAGCUGGUUUGUCCACUGGGAACCUACUAUUGGAGGGAAAUUCCCCAGGGAUGCCUAUAAUAAAUUGGCUGAGCAUGCGCGAAACGUACUUCAGUUUUCGGCAACAUUAAUCGAAAUCGCGGACUCAUUCCAUCUCGCUGGACAAAUGUCCUCACAGCCGUGGGUAGAAGACAUCAGACGGCUAGUAACUUCCUUGGACUUGAAGUCUCAUGAAGUGACAUCUCUUCUCAUGACACUAUCGGGUGCCAUCAAAACCGGGAACCCAUUGCCUCUUUAUUUUAAGGCGCCCAAAAUUCGUCUGCCUACCGAGCUGCUUGCUGCUGCUGCUCCCGAUGCGAGCAUUCUCAGCGCAGAAAAUUCCAGCGAACCGGCGUUUUCAGCCAUUGCUUCGAUGGAUAUUACCAUGAUGGCCCUGCAAGACGAUCUAUCUCAACUAUUGUCGGGGACGAAACAUCUUGUGGGAGAGUUAAAUUUGUUGACAGACAUUGUUCCCAGCAAAGAAUUGCCUGCUGAUGUGGAUUCCAUACUGGCAAGGGAGAAAAGAGAUUGA